UGAAAAUAUAUCAAUGUUCAAAAGAAAAUAAAAGCCGACGAAAUUGCUGAUGAGAGUUACCUUUGUGAGGUCAAAUAUUUGGGCAGUUGCAGAAGAUUAGAAAUGUAAGAAAACCCAAAUUGAAUUUUCUUUUUUCCAAAGGCCGCAGCCCAUAAGGGAGAAAAUCCUAGAUCCAUCGCUCUCACAAUCUCACUCUCGCUCGUGGAAACACGAGGAUUGCACACAAAAAUAGCGUGCAAGGCAACAAUUGCCACAGUGCUUCAAGCUACGCUUCCAAACUCUCCUUCUUGGACCACAAAAAAUAUUGGCAGUUGUUUAUUUCGUGAUUAUCGGUUUCAUCCACGUAAAAGAAUCAUCAAUGAAAGAAGACAAAAGCAUUUGUAUCGUUGUUUCUGCUCCACGGAAAAGACCCAAAUGAAUCUAAUCCAUGCCCUUUUAAGCAGUGAACUCAACAAUCAUUUGUUCCUGCUCUCUUCCUGUUCGUAAAACAUACUUAACAGAUUAGUUGGCUGCUUCUACUUCGGACAAUAGAUGCUUAGAUUAAAUGUUUAUUGUUCUCCAAGUGUUCCCAGUCCAAGACAUAUCAAGCUUGGGAGCAGCUAUGGUUCAUGCUUAACUACGUAUCAUAACCGACAGAAGCUUCCUCGGGGGGUAUCUGUCAGGGCGUUAAAAGAUGAGAUGGACGACGGUAUGAGCAGUGGCUUUCCAGGCCGGAGCUGGGAACCUGGCUUGGAAAUUGUGGUCCCUUUUGAACAAAGGCCGGUGAACGAGUACUCGUCUCUGAAAGAUGGACCUCUGUAUUCGUGGGGCGAACUGGGACCGGGGCAAUUUUUCCUUCGUCUAGGAGGGCUCUGGCUAGUAACUUUCACAGUUCUUGGAGUCCCAAUAGCAGCUGCAAGCUUUAAUCCUUUGAGGGAACCUUUAAGAUUUGUGCUUGCUGCUGGAACAGGAACUCUUUUCCUCAUGUCACUAAUUGUAUUAAGAAUUUAUCUGGGAUGGAGUUAUGUUGGCGAUAGACUUCUAUCAGCAGUAAUACCAUAUGAAGAGACCGGAUGGUAUGAUGGUCAAAUGUGGGUAAAACCACCCGAGGUCCUGGCUCGUGACAGAUUGUUGGGCUCUUAUAAGGUUAAACCAGUUAUCAAGUUGUUGAAACAGACACUAGUUGGAACAGGAGUCGUACUUGUUACAGCAGUAUUUCUAUUUAUCUUUGCGACGCCAGUAGAGGAUUUUUUUAAAACAGCCUUUGCCACAAAGGACAACCCAUCAAAUGUUGUUGCUUCAAAACCCAACACAAAGCUCAAUAUAAGAAAAGAAGAGUUGCUUCGACUGCCAGUGGAGGUUAUGACUGAUGAUGAUCUAGCAGCAGCUGCUGCAGAGGCUGGUGCUGGAAGACCAGUCUACUGCAGGGAUAGAUUUUAUCGUGCAUUAGCAGGAGGGCAGUACUGCAAAUGGGAAGAUCUACGCAAGUAGUUAGAUUGCAUAUUGGUCACUUUGAAUUUUUAUAUGGUCAAUUUGCUUUGAAAAUUGUACCUGUAGAAGAUUUAAAUGCCAAAAUCUUCUCCAAUUAUUUAAAGCCAUUAGAAAAAUCUAAAGGAACAAGAAAGAAACUAAAUCCAACAAGAACUGAAAAGGAAAGACAGAAGAAAAUAGAGAAAAUUUCAAUCCCAUCGGGAUGGUUGAAGUGAUGAAGUCAUAAAUAAGCUAUUUUAUCUUUAAUUAUAAUUUUUACCAAGAUUACUUUUGUUUACUUUAGCAUACCCAACGGGAGAUGACUGAUAAGCCCACAAACCUUUACUCUUUUAAUCAAUUUUCGGAAUUUUGUAAGCCAACUCUUUAUUCUUUUUUA